UCAAAAGCCGAAGUUUAUAUCAUUUCUAGGUAGAUCUAAAGAGGCUUGAAAUCCCCCAAAUUAAAACCCCAGCAAGGAGAAGAAGGAUAUAGCAUCCAGCAUCGCAGUGGGAAGAAAGCGCAGUAGGAGGCGGCGGAGCGAUGUUCCGGAACCAGUACGACACGGACGUGACGACAUGGAGCCCGGCGGGGCGGCUGUUCCAGGUGGAGUACGCGAUGGAGGCGGUGAAGCAAGGGUCGGCGGCGAUCGGGCUCCGGUCGGCGACCCACGUGGUGCUGGCGACGGUGAACAAGGCGGCCUCCGAGCUGUCGUCCCACCAGAAGAAGGUCUUCAAGGUGGACGACCACAUCGGCGUCGCCAUCGCCGGCCUCACUGCCGACGGCCGCGUCCUCUCCCGUUUCCUUCGCUCCGAGUGCAUCAACCACGCCUUCGUCUACGAGUCCCCUCUCCCGGUCUCUCGCCUCGUCGUCCACCUCGCCGACAAGGCCCAGGGGAGAACAAAAGGCAGAUCCAGAGGCUGCGCUAAGUUUUCUGGCCAAACACUGCAAAUGGGCUGUCGUGACCCUUGGCUCUAAGGGAUGCAUUGCAAAGCAUGGAAAAGAGGUUGUCCGAGUUCCAGCUAUAGGGGAGGCACGCGCUGUUGAUGCCACAGGAGCUGGUGAUCUCUUUGCCAGUGGUUUUUUGUACGGGCUGGUGAAAGGGCUUCCGCUUGAAGACACGCCUGGACACGGGGUCUGGAAGCGCUACUGGUCGGCUGGUAGCCUGGGUGGUGCCAGGUGUGACGUACUCACACGGAGGGUCGGGUCGGAUAACUGAGCCGGCCCACGGAUGGGGAGGGUAUGAGUAAAAUAGGUCGGGGUGCCCAACACACAACUCGGUCUACCCGCAUCGAAUAUUCUUCUGGCGGGGUGGGGGCCCAGUGGUCGGGGCUGCUACGCAGGGGUGGGCUUGUCCCUUCCUCCCCCCUUCCCUUUUUUUUCAGCAAAAAAAAAAAAAAAAAAAAAAAGACUGCUGCGUGGUGGGCUCCUGCAGUGGUGGAUCUGUGAUACGAUCUCUUGGCGGUGAAGUGAGACCUGAGAAGUGAAAGUGGAUGUACAAGCAGAUGCAGGCCAGGGAUCUGCUGCUUCCAGAUCUUAAAAACUAAAUUCGCCUGGCUACUUGUUUGGAUAUUAAGAAGACUUCACGUUUGCUGUGGCGUUGUUUUGUAAGAAGGGGCAGCAUAAUUUUGCAUUUGGGGCCAGUCUGGGUGAUUAUUGAGUGUAGUAGAUUAAACUCAACUUUUGUGUCCAUAGUCUUGUACCGUGAAGAUUAUUAAAUUUCAGUAGUAAAAAGUACUCUAGACUUGUUCUA